AUGGCGUUCGGCGGUUUUGGCGGCGGCGGCGGCGGCUUCGGCCAGAAUAAUAACACCACCGGCUCGACAUUCGGCGGCUUUGGUGCUACAAACAACACAUCUUCAGGUACGUGUCAACGACUUUUCGGGUUUGGCACAGGCACAGGCUUUGGAGCAACCAACAAUGCUGCCCCCGGCACCACUGGCGGCAGUCUCUUCGGCGGCGGCGGCGGCGGCGGUACUACUGGCGGCUUUGGUACUAACACCACUGGAGGUGCUUUUGGAGGUGGUGGUUUCGGCGCCGCGAAGCCAGCAUUCGGCACGCCAGCCAGCACAAGCGGUGGAGGCCUUUUUGGGAGCACAACUGCCACCGCCGGCGGCACCGGGUUCGGCUUUGGCAACACUGCCAACACUGCUGCCACGUCAACACCCUUUGGCGGCGGCGGUGGAUCAUCACUGUUCGGCGCAGCCAAGCCUGCCACAACCGGCUUUGGCGGGACAAGCACGGGCUUCGGCGCCGGGGCGACUGGCGGCAGCCUUUUCGGCGGUGGAGGCACAAGCACCACGGGGACCGGCUUCGGUGCGACGACCAACCCCGGGAUCGGCACCGCGACUGGCGAAGCUCCAGGGACGGCAGUUGUUGCUUUCAACCCCCUGGUAGAAAAGGAGCCCAACAAUGUGUCUCAGAGCAACUCAUUCCAGAACGUAUGCUUCAUGGACGCCUACAAGCGCUGGUCUCCUGAGGAGCUUAGAUUGGUCGACUACAACCAGGGUCGGAAAUCUGGAGGGGCUACUGGGUCGACGUUUGGAAGCACCAACUUUGGAGGCUUUGGCGCUACCGGGACAACAACAACUAAUACUGGCUUCGGCGGCGGUGCCACUACAGGAUCAAGCUUGUUUGGUGGCGGUGGAACAAGCGGAGGAUUCGGAGCAGCAACAACUACUCCAGCUGCCAAUACCGGUGGCUUUGGCGGCAGCAGUCUCUUCGGUGCUAAGCCUGCAACAGCAACCACUGGCAUGUUUGGAGGCACCCCCGCGCAACCUGCCGCUACGGGUGGCAGUCUCUUUGGAGGUGGUGGAGGUGGUUUUGGCACCACGGGAACAACUACUGGUGGCUUCGGCGGUGGAGCUGCCACGACCGGUACUAGUCUCUUCGGCACCAACACCGCAACUGCCGCGAAACCCGCCUCCGGCUUCAGCUUUGGAACCGGUGGCACUGCGACUACUAAUACCGGCUUUGGAGGCACCGGCACUGCUGGCACCGGCACUGGACUCUUUGGAGCCGCUACACAACAACCUGCCGCAACCGGCGGCGGGCUUUUCGGCACUCAGCAACAACAGCAACCUGCCACGUCGGGCUUUGGCGGCUUUGGCCAAACCGCGGCCCAACCCGCUGCCACAGGAGGUAUCUUUGGAACCGCACCAGCCAAGCCUGCCACUGGUCUGUUUGGAACUGCCACCACAACCGCUCAACCGGCGACGGGCGGCUCUUUGUUCGGUGCGACUGGAACGACAACAAACACAGGAUUCGGCGGAGCUGCCGCCCAGCCCGCAGCGGGCGGGAGUCUCUUCGGGGCAAAGCCGGCAACUGGCGGGCUCUUCGGUACAACCACGACGCCUGCCGCGACCGGCGGUGGUCUCUUCGGGAAUCCUCAGCAACAGCCUGCUGCCACAGGAUUCGGCGCCGGCCUGGGCCAGAAUAACCAGCAAAAGCCUCUUUUUGGCAACACCACUGGUGGCGGUCUCUUUAGCCAGCCGGCACAACAGCAGGGCGGUUCGCUAUUCGGCGCUUCUCAGACGCAGCCCCAGCUCGGCUUGGGCAACUCUCUGCUUGGUGCUUCCCAACAACAGCAGCAGCAGCAGGGUUUGUCGACUAGCAUCAAUGACCUUUCCGCUUAUGGUGCCGCUACCUUGUUCUCGGGUCUCAGUGAUGACAAGAUCGUCAAUCCUGGGCCCCUGGCCACUCCUCUAGGUGGCAAGCCCAAGGUUAAGAGCCGGUCGAUUUUGCCCAUGUACAAGCUCAGCCCCGCGAACGCUUCCCGCUUCGUCACCCCGCAGAAGAGAGGCUACGGUUUUUCGUACAGCGCCUAUGGGUCGCCUGCUACGCCUUCCAGCAUCUCGAGCACCCCCGGCGGCUUUGGACAGAGUCUUUUGGCCAGCAGUGUCAACCGUGGUUUGAGCAAGAGCAUUUCUGCCAGCAACCUGCGCCGCAGCUUCAACGUUGAAGAUAGUAUCCUGCAGCCAGGUGCUUUCUCGGCCAACUCGAGCAUGCGUCUUCUUGGCAGCGCUAGCAGCAACAAGAAGCUGAUCAUCAAUAAGGACAUGCGGAGCGAUCUGUUCAGUAGCAGUGAUAAGAAGCAAGCUCAGGAAGAUGCGAGCGGUGCUCGCAAGUUGGCCAAGAGAGUGAGCUUCGAUACCAGCACAGCUGAUAGUCCCAGCAACGACGAGGUCGCUGCGAUUACGGAUGGCAGCGAGAAUGAUCUUGGCUAUCUCAGGCCUUCCAUUCGUUCCACCAACAACGGCGCCAACGGCAGCAAGGCUUCUCCGGCCUCUGCCGCUCCCGAGAUGACACAAGUCAAGGGCAAUGAGCUUGCCAUCGUCCAUGAGGAAGAAUCUCCUGCCGCCGCUCGGGUUACGCUUGCUGCCAAAGCUCCCGCCUCCCCAUCCGCUGGUUCUGAGGAGGCUGGUGAGUAUUGGAUGAGCCCGUCGCUCGAGGACAUCCGUGCCAUGAACAGGACGCAGCGCCAAAAGGUUGUGGACUUUACUGUUGGUCGCGUCCACGUGGGUAAUGUCCAGUUCAAGGUUCCUGUCGAUCUCAGCAACAUCAACGUGGAUGAGAUCAUUGACAACAUCGUCAUCCUGGUUCCCCGCUCAGCCACCGUGUACCCGGUUGCGGCCAAGAAGCCGCCCGUUGGCAAGGGCCUGAACGUUCCUGCGCUGAUCUCGCUCGAGCAUUCAUGGCCCCGUGGUGGCAGGGACGUCAGUGGCCGCCGUCUUGAAAAGCACAUUCAGAAGCUCAAGGCUAUCCCCGACACGACUUUUGAAGACUACGACCCGGAGACUGGCGUCUGGCAGUUUUCUGUAGAGCACUUCACUACCUAUGGUCUGGAUGAUGAUGACUCCGACGAUGAAGAGUUUGAGGAGGAAGCCAUCCAGCCUAUGCAAGCUGCCAAGCGUGCUCAGCACGUUGAACAGAUCCCGAGCCCGGUUGUCGAGGCCUCGUCCACGUCGCCUGUUGACCCCGAUGACACCUUUGAGUUCAAGCGCAGCCGCCGCACUCUGCCUGGCGCCUUCGACGACGAUGAAGCCGCCAUGUUCGAUGAAGAAGAGGACUCUGAUGUCUCUCACCAGGGUACGCCACCUCAUGAGCCCCUGGACGCUGACACCCCCAUACCAUCACGGGAGUGGCCUGAAGAUGAAAGCAUGGCUGACGGACCCGGUGACUUCCAGCUCGAAGCCUAUGACGACUCGUACGAACAAGGGUCGGUCGACGGCGCCCAGGAUGAGUUCCAGCUCUCCCGUUACGACGACAACGCUGAGCGACUCCCUGCUGGCAUUGUGAGAGCACGGAUGCGGGCGCUCAAGAAGUCGACAGCCCCGACCAAGAUUGAGGUGGCCGGUGGUGAUGAUUGGACUCAGAUUUUGCAGGCGAGCGUGCGGGCGCCCAGGACGGUGGAUCGGGCCACGCUUCGGGAACUCAACGAGACGGGGGCGGUUUGGGAUAUGAAGGAUCGCGGGAGCCCCGCCCCCAAGGACGUGGCGGUGAAUAAUAACGACGACGGGUUUGCGACCAGUCUGGACUUGAUGAAGUCGCUGUUUCAGCAAACGAAAGGCGGGCCGACUCAGUCCUCGCAGGCAUCGCCCGCGAAGGGGUUCGUGAAGUGGCCAUACCAGACGCGUUCCAAGGUUGAAGACGACGAGACUCAGUCGGUCCCUCGUCCCACUUGGGGCCCUGACGGGGUUCUCGUGACGGCUCACGACGGCGAGGCCAGCCUGCAGGCUGUUGACGGCACGAUCACUCCUGGUGGGGAGGCGCAGGUCAACCCCAAGAUUCUGGCUCAGCUUCAGCAGUAUAUCGAUAGCGUUUCUGGCUAUCAGGGAGAUUCGGGCCCGGAGUUUAAGAAGGUGGCGCAGGGUGAUGCCGUUUGGGAGCUGGCGUCGCUGCUUUUUGACGAGAACGGCGUUGGACUGCCUGGUUUCUGGCGGCAACUGGUGCUGGAAUCGACCAAGACUGCGCUUGCGAGGGCUGAGUCGCCGGAGGAGAAGGCCAUCAUUUGUUUGGCUGGGAAUUUGGUCCCGGAGGCGUGUGCGCAGCUUGUCAAGGGGAGGGAUAUGAGACUUGCUGUGCUGGUUGCUGGGAUCGGGAGUCAGCAGGCGGAUAUCAAGGCUCAGUUGAGGGACUGGAGGGAGUCGAAUGUUCUCUCUGAGAUUUCCGAGCCCGUCCGCGCGGUUUAUGAACUUCUGGCCGGCAAUGCCUGUGUUUGUGACGGGGUCAAGGACGCGCCGAUUGAAAGUAGGGUUAGUUCCUUUACCAUUUCUCAGCGGUUCGGGUUGACUUGGGAGCAGGCUUUUGGGCUGAGGCUGUUUUAUUCUGCCGCCGAGGACGGGGCGCCGAACGUGAAGGGGGCGAUCAAGAGUUUUCAGAUGGAUGUCGAGCAGGACAGGGAGCCGGAGCCGGGGAGUCAGAUGUGGAGUUUGUUGAAGGCGUUUGCGAACCAGGAGUUUGACUGGAGUGAUGGGCGGUUGGGGUGGUUGAUGACGAGGGCUAUUCAUGCGAGCGGCAAGGUUGGGUUCGGGGAGGAUGAUGUCGGGAGGCUGGACAGGGCGAGUGUUGGGUUUGCGGGGGCGUUGACGGGGAUGGGGGAUUGGGUGCCUGCGGCGUUUGUGCUGCUGCAGCUGAGCGAGAGGGAGGCGAGGGAGAGGGCGGUUAGGGAUCACCUUGGGAGGCACGCCAGUUUUAUUGGUGCGCCGAGGAACCCGGGCAGUGCGUUCAGUGCGCUCAAGAAGUUUGGAGUCCCAGAAUCAUGGAUCUGGGAGGCGAAGGCGCUGGAUUAUAGGGCCAGGGGAGAAACCCACCAGGAGUUUCUCGCGCUGGUCUGGGCGAAAAACUAUGCCGAGGCGAACAGGGCUUUUGUUACGAAGGUUGGGCCGGAUCUGGUUAUUGGGAGGGAAUACAAGAAGCUGGCGACGUAUGCGCAGCUGCUGUUCAAGGUGAAGAGGAAUAUUUCGGACUGGGACAGGGCGGCGGUGGUGUAUUUGCUUUACCCCUUGGUUAGGCUGGAGAAGGGGAAGAAGAAGAGCAAACUGGAUGAGAUGGAGGAGAGGCUGUUUGAUGGGUUGGUUUCGCUGAGGGGGAUGGCGAGGGGGGAUUUGAGGCAGGAGGCUGCGAUUGCGGACAUGGCAGAGGAGUUGAUUCGGGUUAGGGGGGGGGAGGUGAGGCUCUAUGGGUUGCUGCCGAGUGAUGUUGCGGGGCGGUAUAGGAGGGCGGAGGUGUUGGGGGAGAUGUGA